GUCACGACCGCGGCGACAGGGGAAUCAUGGCCGAGUACGUACGGCUGCCCAACUUUCUGGCUCUGAUCCGCCUCCGAAACCCGCCGGUCAACGCCAUCAGUGAGACUGUAAUCUAUAAAAUCAAAGAGUGCCUGCAGAAAGCUAGAGAAGACCAAACUGUCAAAGCCAUUGUGAUAUGCGGGGCAGACGGCCACUUCUGUGCAGGUGCCGACAUCUAUGGCUUCAGUGCUGAAAGGUCCUUUGGCAUCUCAUUGGGAAAUAUAGUAGAUGAUAUUCAAAGAAGUGAGAAACCGAUGGUGGCGGCGAUUCAAGGCACAGCGUUGGGAGGGGGCCUAGAGCUGGCCCUUGGCUGUCAUUAUAGGAUUGCCCAUGAAGAGGUGAAAGUCGGCCUCCCGGAAGUCACACUUGGCAUUCUUCCUGGUGCCAGAGGAACCCAGCUUCUUCCCAGACUCACCGGGGUUCCUGUUGCACUUGAUCUAAUCACCUCAGGAAGACAUGUCUUGGCCCGUGAAGCACUGAAGCUGGGUAUUCUGGAUGAAGUCGUAAAGUCCGACCCUGUGGAAGAAGCAAUCAAAUUAGCCCAGAGAGUGUUGGGUCAAUCUCUGGGCCCCCGUAGGCUCUACAGCCGGCCUGUCCAGAGCUUGCCCAACAUGGACGCCAUUUUCAGGGAAGCACUGCUGAGGGUACGCAAGCAGUACCCUGGGCGCCUUUCUCCCGAGACCUGUGUCCAGGCGGUCCAGGUCGCCGCGUCUUACCCGUACGAGGUGGGCAUCAAAAAGGAGGAGGAGUUGUUUGUGUACCUUCAGAAGUCUGGGCAAGCAAGAGCCCUUCAAUAUGCUUUCCUGGCUGAGAGGAUGGUCAGCAAGUGGUCAACUCCCUCUGGAGCAUCCUGGAAAAGUGCAUCGGCAAAGCCCAUCGCCUCCGUUGGCGUUCUCGGCUUGGGGACGAUGGGCCGAGGCAUCGUCAUUUCUCUUGCUAGGGCCAAGAUCCCUGUGAUUGCUGUGGAACCAGACAAGCAGCAGCUGGAAACGGCAAACAAGGUCAUAACUUCCUUCUUGGAAAAGGAGGCAUCUAAAAUGCGGCAGGAUGGUCACCCCUGGCCAGGACCUAAACCCAGGCUGACUAUGUCUAUGAAGGAGCUUAGUGAUGUAGAUUUAGUCAUUGAAGCCGUAUUUGAGGAAAUGAAACUGAAGAAGCAGGUCUUUUCUCAACUGUCAGCCCUAUGCAAGCCAGAAACCUUUUUGUGUUCCAAUACGUCAGCCCUAGAUAUUGAUGAGAUUGCUGCUUCCACUGACCGGCCUGGCCUGGUCAUUGGCACCCACUUCUUUGCACCAGCUCAUAUCAUGAGGUUGUUGGAGGUGGUGCCCAGCAAGUACUCCUCUCCGACCACCAUUGCCACUGUCAUGAGCUUAUCCAAAAAGAUGAACAAAGUAGGCGUCGUUGUCGGGAACUGUUUUGCAUUUGUUGGGAACCGAAUGUUGGCUCCUUAUUACAAUCAGGCUUAUUUCUUGUUAGAAGAAGGCGGGAAGCCAGAGGAGAUAGAUAGGGUGCUGGAAGAGUUUGGCUUUAAGAUGGGCCCCUUUAGAACAUCCGAUCUCUCUGGGCUCGAUGUAGGUUGGAGGUCUCGGAAGGGACUAGGUCUUACUGGACCUACGUUGCCUCCCGGAACUCCCGCCCGAAAACGAGGCAACAUAAGAUAUUGCCCAAUUCCCGAUAUGCUUUGUGAACGAGGGCGAGUUGGCCAAAAGUCAGGUAAGGGCUGGUAUCUAUAUGACAAGCCAAUGGGUAGGAUUUGCAAACCUGACCCCUGGAUUUCCACGUUCCUCUCAGAGUACAGAGAAACCCAUCACAUCCCAUCACGUGUCAUCAGUCAGGAUGAGGUGCUGGAGCGCUGCUUAUACUCGCUCAUCAAUGAAGCCUUCCGGAUCUUGGGGGAAGGGAUGGCUGCCAGCCCAGAGCACAUUGAUACUAUCUAUUUGCACGGCUAUGCGUGGCCAAGGCACAAGGGCGGCCCCAUGUUCUACGCUUCCACGGUUGGUUUGCCCACCGUGAUGGAGAAGUUGCAGAAAUACUGCAGGCAGAACCCUGAUAUUCCCCAGCUGAAGCCCAGUGACUAUCUGGCAAAACUGGCCUCCUUGGGCAAUCCUCCUCUGAAAGAAUGGCAGAGCUUGGCAGGGCCCCCUACCAGUAGGUUGUGAUCCAGCCUUCUGGGUGGUGCCUCCCAUGCUGGCCUCAGGUCAUGCAUACUGAACAUCAGCAAUGUUCAACCCAAAGGGACAAACUAAGAUAGCUUGGAAAUCAAAAGGGGAGGGAACGCUGUUGGGCCAGCUAAACCUCUUUUCAGAUCUUCUGUCUCAUUCUAGUGGGUCUGUGCUUCCUAUGAUAUACAUUAUCUCAAAGGAGAGAGUCUUAUGAAUAAGCUGAAUUCCCAAGUACUUUGGUCACUGGAGAAAUAUGCCAUCAAUAACUGAUAAGAGCAGCUGAGUCAUAAAUUCUUUUUGACCCUUGCUAACUGCGCACGCGCACGCGCGCGCGCGCACACACAGCACUGAUGGGAAAUCUCAGGGGUCACUUAUUGCACAAGUAUUCAUCGAGCACCUCUUCAGCUCUUGCACUACCUAACAGCACUGCGCCCACCUGCAGCCAGCAUGGAAGCCUGUGAUGACGUUUAGUCCUCGUCUAGGGGUAGAGUGAAGAUGGUUGGCAAAGGCAUCGGUGAGGGUCUCUGGGCGUGGGUGGGCAUGGGAAGCUGACCAAGGAGAGGCAGAGGUUGUAGCCGGGGGAUGUGGGGAGCCGUCAAAGGCAGGACAGUAUUGAAAGUGUGAUCCACACAGAGUUGGGACUUGGCGAGGGAAUCAAGUCCUGUCAGGCCAGGAUUGGAACUCAAAGUAGCUUGGCAAGUCACACUGCAUGCAUCGCUUUUGCCCAAGGCCCAGCCCCAGCCGCGCUUGCUAUGUGCACGUGAGGGUCCCGGGGAUGGAUGUUUGUGGGUAACUUCCUCAAGACCAGGGACGCUUCACAGCCUGAUCCUUAUUUUUCUGGUUAUGGAAAUGGAACAGAAAACAUUAAGUUUCUGAUUUCAUAUCAGAAGAGAUCCUCGAUGACUUCUAAACGACCAAUGAUGGAAUGGUGAUGCCAUUUUCCUGAUCACAAACAGCCCUGUAACAUUGAACGGGCUCAUUCUGGAGACCUCUGGAACAGGAGCCCAAUAUAUCAUUUAUAAUUUUUUUAGAGCAAGAAGACUAAUUUUUACAUUUCACUUCAUGUGCUUAGAAAUUAAGGGCUAGGCAACCAAGAAGCUAGUACACCAAUGUUCAUAGCAGAAUUACUCAUGAUAACGCCAAAAUGGAAACAGCCUACAUGCCCAUCAGCUGAUAGGUAAUAAAGUCUGGCAUAUUCAUACAGCAGAGUACCAUUUAAUAAAAAAAAGAAUGAAGUACAGACACACGCUACAGCCUGGAUGAGCCAUGAAAACAUUAUGCUAAGUGAUUAAAAAGGUGAUCACAAAAGGCAACGUGUUAUGAUUCCACUGAUACAGAAGUUGGGUAUAAUCACUAAUGGAUAUAGGGUUCUCUGGAGGGUGAUGAAAAUGUUCUAAAAUCCUUGUGAUUGUCACAAACCUCUGAAAGCCAUUGAGAGAUACUUUAAAUGGGUGAAUUGUGUGGUCUGUGAUUUGUGUCUCUAAAUGAUUAAAUAAAUAAAUGAACUGGCACAGUU